AUGAAGGCUGAAGUGAUAAAGGUUGUGGUUGUAUCGUCUAUUAGGGUUGUUGUGAUGAACCCUUAUUGGCCCAAGGAUCAGGCAAUGGAUGAAAGCUAUUGGAAAUACAUAGAAUAUUGCAAAUCAAUUGAGGUCACAGAUGAUAAGUGUAAAUUGGAAAGAGAUUUUCACAAGUUAACCAAGGUAUCUCAUGUUCAGCAAUCAACACCAUUUAUGGACUAUAAUAUUUGUAGUUUCACUGAGUAUCAUGACUUUGAGGCAUCCUGCAAGUGCACAUUGGGACAUGGAUGUAUCGACUUUUUGAAGUCCACUUGCUAA